AUGUCACAACAUCCGAUGGAUCUCAACCCAAGAGACAUUCGCUUCACAGCAGUGUUUUCUGAGGAUUGGAAUUGGCCAUUUAACCCCAAAAAUCCUCGUUCGAGACGGCGGAGGUUUGCCCAUACCGGGGAAAGGGUCUCGGGUUUCACUGCAGUCUUCUGUGACGACUGGAAAGACUGGGAGCAUGGGAGUAAUGCAUCCGCGGACGGUUAUAUGCUAGCACACACACAGGCACAGGGCUCUCAAUCUCGCCCAAGCAAUGGGAGGUGUAAACGGAAAAGGGAUUUGAAUGAUUUGGGCAGCCGCGAAGACGCCGAUCCUUCCCCUGCUGAAUCUUGGUGGCAGACACACCCUGAGGAACAAGGCAUUGCGAGAGCACCGAUUCUACUCCCACCCAUACCGCCCAUGUGUCAGAUAGCAACCGACUUUGAUGAAAUGUGGUCUCUAUCGCCAACAGCUUCAGGGGACUUUGUUCCAUCAUUUACGCCGUCGAUUGAUGACGAAGAUGAAGUCCAGCGAGGGCCUGCAACACCCUCCUGCCCAACACCCUCCUGCCCAACACCGCGAGUAGCAGACUUGUCAUAUCCUAUGUCUAUGGGCAUGGAGGCUCGAACUGAGCACCAGUGGCCUUGGUUCCUCGCUUCGGACAAUUUCUUUCCUUCGCUGCCAGAUCUAGUUACCCCGGGGCGAGGUAUCGCCAUGCCACCCACCGACGAUCUCGACGGCAACGGGCUCUCUCUUACGAGAGGGCCAAGUUGCCAGAGCGGAGGUUUUGACUACUGGAAUAGUUGGCGGGCAAUCCAAGGUAAAGGUGAGAUGGGGAAAUCGGCAGUCGACCAUAACUCUCAAAGUAUGAUACACUGGCGGUUGGAGAGCGAGAUGAGCUGA